UGGCAGCUUGGCCUGACUCUCCGGGGCUCCUUUCCCCGCCCCCGCCUGCUGCCCUCCCCUGGGCAGGGGGCUGCUCCGCCCGAAGGGCACUUGUGCUUGCCCAGGGUGCUGGAGGGGGAAACCGGCGGAGCAGCUUCCCCACUCUCAGUUGCGCGUCUGGCGAUGGCGAUCAGAGGUGCUGCUGCGCUCUCCGCUGGGCACUCCCUCCAUUAGCCGCGCCGCGCCGCGCCGUGCUGCGCCGUAGCUGGUGCCUCUCUCCCGGGUCACGGGAUCGGCCUCCCUUCCAGGCACGACCCCCUCCCCCGGCCCCUCGGCCUUUCCCCCCACUCCGCCAUCUCCGACCCGGGGCGCGCGUUCCCCCCGGCCCGGCUCCCUCUCUCCCUCCGGGGGCACCCGCUCCCUAGCCCCGGCCCGGCCCUCCCCGCAGCGCAGCACGGAGUCUCGGCGUCCCAUGGCGCAACCCACGGCCUCGGCCCAGAAGCUGGUGCGGCCGAUCCGCGCCGUGUGCCGCAUCCUGCAGAUCCCGGAGCCCGACCCCUCCAACCUGCGGCCCUAGAGCGCCCCCGC